CAGCCUCAGUCUCUCACGCACUUAGCACACUUGCGUUCCGGGCGGCUAGCCACUAUAGCUAGAAAAAAUGGCGACCCGUAUUACAGUACCUGUUGUUGACAUAGAAACUAGCACUAGGAGGAUGAAGAAAAUGCAGUUCAGAUAUUUUCGUAGCAUUCUGCAAUGCCAACGCAUUUUUUAAAUUAAUAUAUACAAGAAAUAUAAGUAUUGGAAUAUCAUUGACCAUUUGACGGAGAUCCAACCUACCAUGACAAUGGAUCUUUACCCCUAUCUUUACCAGCUUGCUCACUUUAAGAUAACAGGAGCAAACUACAUUCCUGAGGAUGCUGCAAAAACAUCACUGCCCCAGACAUGGCACAUCCCCAGAGGAGAAAAGAUAAGAGGGGAGGCAGUGGAUGAAAUCAAAAUCCACAGUUUUAAGUCUGACAAGAAGUCAGACCGUAGUAUUUGUAGUACAUACAGGUACAAUCCAUUGUCUUCAGAGUUUCCAUCUGCCCUUCACCUUGUUGAGAGUUUAAAAGCUGCCACAGCUACAAUGAUGCCAUUCUCUAUAAGUAAGAAGCAGACUCCAAUGGUUGAUACCAAAUAUGGUAAAUAUCCGAGGGGCAGUACACUGGCACAUCAGCAAAAACUUCAUGACAGCUUCAUCAUGAACUUCACUGAACUAGCCACAUUUCCUGAUCUUCCCCUAAGGAAUGUGAUGUCAGGAGAUAUUCCUGAUUUAUCAGAAGAAAAGAUCGAGGACCUUUUAACCUCACUCAAAGUCACUCAGCAAGAAUCUGUUGUAUUAGAAAGGGAUACACGACUACAGUCGAAUUGUCCCUUGUGGCACAAGCUGCGACAACACCGCAUCACUGCUUCUGUUGUAGCAGAUGUCGCAAAAAGGAAGAAAGAUUUCCAAGCCUUGUCUAAAAGACUUAAAUCUUCAAAGACAAGAAUGACACAGGCCAUGAAAGAUGGCAUUAAAAAUGAGCCUCUGGCAGCUGAGGCAUACAGUAAUAUGAAGGGAAAUACUGUCAACCUGUAUCCAGCAGGAAUUAUCAUACACCCAGAUGCAUUCUGGUUGGCAGCCAGUCCAGAUAGAAAAGUGUAUGACCAGUCCAGAACACAAGAUCCCUUUGGACUGUUAGAAAUAAAGUGUCCAAGCAUGUCCACAAGAAGAUCACUUGAGGAACUACCCUAUUUGGAAGAAGUCAAUGGAAAGCUUCAGCUUAAAAGAAGUGACCGUUACUAUUAUCAGAUACAAAUGCAGCUGGCUGUAACAGGUCUAGAAUGGUGUGACUUUUUUGUGUGGUCCGUAGAUGCUUGCCACCUGGAGACAAUAAACUUUGAUCAAAAUUUCUGGAAUGGGGUAAAAAAUGCAGUUGAUACAUUCUUUUUUACCUAUCACCUAUAAGAAAACAGCUGGUUUCCGUGUUGAUCUUUCUCGAUAUCAUCCACUGGUAGUAUACCA